AUGGCGCGCUUGACACAGGCCCCCAUGACCCCCAGGCGGAGCGUCUCGGGCCCUGAUUCCCUGACUGACCUCAAUCGUCUGCUCGCCCGUCUGCAACAGAGCAUCCUGCAGGCCGAUGCCGAGAGGGAGCGCAGGCUGCGGACGAGCGAAUACGAGAGGAACAAGGCUGGAAUUAACCUCGAGUACGCCCGCACACUCAUCACGAAGCUCGAGCAGGACGCUCUCGCCAUCAAGGUGCACACCCGGCGCCAGGAGACUCAGGCAGAUCUGAACAGAAAGCGCGAGGUCUUCGAGCAGAUCUCCGAGAGGCUGCGCGAGCUUGAGGAGAUCAGCAUCGACAGCGACGACGACGACAGCGACGAAGAAGAGGAUCUGCUCGGCGAGAUUGUUCAGACGCCGAGUGACAAUCUAGACUCGACGAGCCCAGCACGAGCCGAGAGGCCAUCGCACGGAUGGGGAACACAGGGGGACGACGAUUGGGAUAAGGAGGCAGAGGACGAGGAUGAGAGCUACGCGGACGAGAGCACAUUGAUGCCGGAACCCCGGCGGCCACAGGAGACAACACCAGCAGCGAAACAAGAACCCGCACCGCAAGAAAAACAAGGCACAUCGACACAGCAAGCCCUUCGUGCCCGCGGCGCACCUACAGAAUCCUCCCGGGACACGGCCGAGUCGACGGCGCGGGCACAGCUCUUCGGCAACAGGCCCUCGAGCCCCACCACAGCCCUCAGCACCACGGCGACGACAGAGGCUAUCCUGGACCACCAACGCCAGGAGCAUGACCGGUUGACCGAGUCCCUGCUGUCCAUGGCGCAGUCGCUCAAGACGCAGUCGCGCGCGUUCCAGACCGACCUCGAGCAGGAGAAGGAUGUCCUGAAUGCCGCCGGCUCCGGCAUGGACAAGAGCGAGCGCGGCAUGGAGCACGCGUCCCGGCGCAUGGGCGCGCUGCGCAAGAUGAGCGAGGGCAAGGGCUGGUGGGGUCGCAUGAUGCUGUACGGCUGGAUCUUUGGGCUCAUGGUCAUCGCCAUCCUGAUUGUGGGCGUUCUGCCCAAGUUGAGAUUCUAG